AUGGGUGUAAUAAGCAGCACUGAAUGUUCCUGUGGACGCAAUCACUUUACUUGUGCUGUCAGCGCAUUUGGCGAGUGUACAUGCAUCCCUGCUCAGUGGCAAUGUGAUGGUGACAAUGACUGUGGGGAUCACAGCGAUGAAGAUGGUUGCAUGCUGCCUACUUGCUCCCCCUUGGAUUUUCACUGUGACAAUGGGAAGUGCAUCCGCCGCUCAUGGGUCUGUGAUGGAGACAAUGACUGUGAAGAUGAUUCUGAUGAACAGGAUUGCCCUCCAAGGGAGUGUGAGGAAGAUGAGUUCUCAUGUCAAAAUGGGUACUGCAUCCGCAGCCUGUGGCACUGUGAUGGUGACAAUGAUUGUGGUGAUAACAGUGAUGAGCAGUGUGACAUGAGAAAGUGCUCAGAGAAGGAAUUUCGCUGUAGCGAUGGCAGCUGCAUAGCUGAACAUUGGUUCUGUGAUGGAGAUACAGACUGCAAGGACGGCUCAGAUGAAGAGAGCUGCCCAUCAGACGUUCCAGCUGCAACCUGCAGCUUGGAGGAGUUCCAGUGUGCAUAUGGGCGCUGCAUCCUGGAUAUCUACCACUGUGAUGGGGACGAUGACUGUGGGGACUGGUCAGAUGAAUCUGACUGCUCAUCUCACCAACCAUGCCGCUCCGGAGAGUUCAUGUGCAACAGUGGCUUGUGCAUCAAUGCAAGUUGGAGAUGUGAUGGCGACUUUGACUGUGAUGACCAGUCGGAUGAAAAGAACUGCACUACAUCCAUGUGCACAGCUGACCAAUUCCGUUGUAGAUCAGGGCGCUGUGUCCGUCUGUCAUGGCGCUGUGAUGGAGAGGAUGACUGCUCUGACAACAGUGAUGAAGAGAACUGUGAGAACACAGGAAGUCCCCAAUGUGCCCCAGACCAGUUUCUCUGUGGGAAUGGGCGCUGCAUUGGCCACAGGAAGCUGUGCAAUGGUGUGAAUGACUGUGGAGAUGGCAGCGAUGAGAGCCCCCAACAAAACUGCCGUCCACGGACAGGCGAGGAGAACUGCAACCUCAGCAAUGGUGGCUGUACUCAGAAGUGCCAGAUGGUGCGAGGGAUGGUCCAGUGCACCUGCCACACAGGUUAUAGGCUUCUGGAAGAUGGCCGUUCAUGUCAAGAUGUGAAUGAAUGUGCAGAGGAAGGUUACUGCAGCCAGGGUUGUACCAACAGUGAAGGCGGCUUCCAGUGCUGGUGCGAGCAAGGUUAUGAGCUUCGUCCUGACAAACGCAGCUGCAAAGCUCUGGGUCCAGAGCCAGUGCUGCUCUUUGCCAAUCGGAUCGAUAUUCGACAGGUGCUGCCUCACCGCUCAGAGUAUACAUUACUUCUGAACAACCUGGAAAAUGCCAUUGCCCUGGACUUUCACCACAGCAAGGAGCUGGUGUUCUGGUCUGAUGUUACACUAGACCGCAUCAUGAGGGCCAACCUCAAUGGCAGCAAUGUGGAAGAGGUGGUGUCUACAGGAUUGGAGAGCCCAGGUGGACUUGCUGUUGACUGGAUCCAUGACAAGCUAUACUGGACGGACUCUGGGACAUCUCGAAUUGAAGUGGCAAAUCUGGAUGGCACCCACAGGAAAGUGCUUCUCUGGCAGAAUCUGGAGAAGCCACGAGCAAUUGCGCUGCACCCCAUGGAGGGCACCAUCUACUGGACAGAUUGGGGCAACACUCCUCGCAUUGAGUACUCCAACAUGGAUGGUUCGAAUCGGCGCAUCAUUGCUGAUACACACCUCUUCUGGCCCAAUGGACUGACCAUCGACUAUGCUGGGCACCGGAUGUACUGGGUGGAUGCCAAGCAUCAUGUCAUUGAGAGGGCUGACUUGGAUGGGAGGAACAGGAAGGCUGUUAUCAGUCAGGGCCUCCCACAUCCCUUUGCUAUCACGGUGUUUGAGGACAGCCUCUACUGGACAGACUGGCACACAAAGAGCAUAAACAGCGCCAACAAGUUCACUGGCAAAAACCAGGAGAUUAUCCGUAACAAGCUCCACUUUCCUAUGGAUAUUCACACGCUGCAUCCUCAGCGCCAGCCGGCAGGGAGAAACCGCUGUGGGGCCAACAAUGGUGGCUGCACUCACCUUUGCCUGCCGAGCAACAAGGAUUACACCUGUGCCUGCCCCACUGGUUUCCGCAAGACCAGCAGCUAUGCCUGUGCACAGAGUCUUGACAAGUUCCUGCUUUUUGCUCGAAGGAUGGACAUCCGUCGGAUCAGCUUUGACACAGAUGACCUGUCAGAUGAUGUCAUCCCUCUUGCUGAUGUGCGCAGUGCUGUGGCUCUGGAUUGGGAUUCAAAGGAUGACUAUGUCUACUGGACAGAUGUUAGCACUGACUCCAUUAGUCGGGCAAAAUGGGAUGGAUCAGGGCAGGAGGUUAUGGUGGACACCAGCUUGGAAAGCCCAGCCGGAUUGGCUAUUGAUUGGGUCACCAACAAGCUGUAUUGGACUGAUGCAGGAACAGACCGGAUAGAGGUCUCCAACACAGAUGGGACCAUGAGGACUGUUUUGAUCUGGGAAAACCUAGACAGACCCAGAGAUAUUGUGGUGGACCCUGUUGGAGGGUUCAUGUACUGGACUGACUGGGGGGCCAGCCCAAAGAUUGAACGUGCUGGUAUGGAUGCCUCCAACCGCAUGGUGAUCAUCUCCUCCAAUCUGACUUGGCCCAAUGGUCUGGCCAUUGAUUAUGAGUCUCAGCGCCUGUACUGGGCAGAUGCUGGUAUGAAGACCAUUGAGUAUGCCAGUCUGGAUGGAGAUAAUAGGAAGGUGCUGAUUGGGAGCAAUCUACCUCAUCCAUUUGGGCUUACUCUUUACGGUGAGCGGAUCUACUGGACAGACUGGCAGGCCAAGAGCAUCCAGAGUGCAGACCGAAGGACAGGGCAGGCUCGUGAAACACUUCAGGACAACCUGGAGAACCUCAUGGACAUCCAUGUUUUCCAUCGACACAGACCUUCAGUGCACACGGCAUGUGAAGUUAAUAAUGGUGGCUGCAGCCACCUCUGCCUUCUGGCUCCUCUGCCUAAAGGCUACAGCUGUACAUGCCCUACUGGUAUCAAUCUGCAACCUGAUGGCAAGACCUGCUCUCCUGGGAUGACCAGCUUCCUGAUCUUUGCUCGGAGGACGGACAUCCGUAUGGUCUCCUUGGAUAUCCCAUAUUUUGCAGAUGUUGUCGUCUCAGUCAAUGUCACAAUGAAAAAUACCAUUGCAAUCGGAGUGGAUCCCCAGGAAGGAAAGGUUUAUUGGUCAGACAGCACACUGCGGAAGAUCAGCCGGGCUGCGCUGGAUGGCUCUCAGUAUGAGGAUAUCAUCACUACAGGUCUGCUGACCACAGAUGGGCUGGCAGUGGAUGCCAUUGGCCGGAAGGUGUAUUGGACUGACACAGGGACCAAUCGGAUUGAAGUGGGCAACCUGGAUGGAUCAAUGAGGAAGGUUUUGGUUUGGCUGAACCUGGACAGCCCAAGGGCAAUUGCAUUGUACCAUGAGAUGGGGUACAUGUACUGGACAGACUGGGGGGAGCAUGCCAAGCUGGAGCGUUCUGGCAUGGAUGGCUCAGGACGUGUGGUGCUGAUCAGCAACAAUCUGGGCUGGCCCAAUGGCCUGGCAGUAGAUAAGGCUGGGUCUCAGCUGCUGUGGGCUGAUGCACACACAGAGCGCAUUGAAGCUGCAGACCUGAAUGGUGCCAGCCGCCACACCCUGCUGUCCCCAGUGCAGCAUCCCUAUGGCCUCACCCUGCUGGACUCCUACAUCUACUGGACCGACUGGCAAACCCGCAGCAUUCACAGAGCUGACAAGGACACUGGGGCCAACGUUAUCCUGGUGAGGGCCAACUUGCCUGGCCUAAUGGACAUCCAAGCGAUUGACAGGGCACGGCCCUUUGGCUUUAACAAGUGUGGCGUAAGGAAUGGUGGCUGCUCUCACCUCUGCCUCCCCCAUCCUACUGGCUUCUCUUGUGCCUGCCCCACUGGCAUCCAGUUGAAGAGAGACGAGCAGACUUGUGAUCCAUCUCCAGAGACCUAUCUGCUCUUCUCCAGCCGUGGUUCAAUCCGGCGCAUCUCACUGGACACCAGUGAUCACACUGAUGUCCACAUCCCUGUCCCAGAGCUGAACAAUGUAAUCUCUUUGGAUUAUGACAGUGUGGAUGGCAAGAUUUACUACACAGAUGUCUUCCUUGACGUCAUCAGGCGAGCAGAUCUGAAUGGCAGGAACAUGGAGACUGUCAUUGGUCAGGGACUGAAGACAACAGACGGGUUGGCUGUGGACUGGGUUGCCAGGAACCUGUAUUGGACAGACACAGGGCGGAACACCAUUGAAGUGGCCAGACUGGAUGGAAGCUGCAGAAAAGUGCUGAUUAAUAACAGCCUGGAUGAGCCCCGAGCAAUUGCUGUCUUCCCCAAGAAGGGGUACCUCUUCUGGACAGACUGGGGUCACGUUGCUAAAAUUGAGCGUGCAAACUUGGAUGGCUCUGAGCGCAGAAUCUUAAUAAACACUGACCUGGGUUGGCCCAAUGGAUUGACGUUGGAUUAUGACACCAGAAGGAUUUACUGGGUAGAUGCACAUCUUGACCGUAUAGAGAGUUCUGAUCUCCAUGGGAAGCUGCGCCAGGUGCUGGUCAGCCAGGUGUCACAUCCCUUUGCCCUGACACAGCAGGACAGAUGGAUCUACUGGACUGACUGGCAAACCAAAUCAAUCCAGCGGGUGGACAAAUACUCUGGCCGGAACAAAGAGACUAUCCUGGCCAAUGUUGAGGGGCUAAUGGAUAUCAUUGUGGUUUCUCCUCAGAGGCAAACAGGUUCUAAUGCCUGUGGUGUGAAUAAUGGAGGCUGCACUCAUCUCUGCUUUGCCAGAGCUUCUGACUUUAUCUGUGCAUGUCCAGAUGAACCAGAUGGGAGGCCUUGCUCCACUGUUCCUGGUAUGGUGCCCCCUGCUCCUGAAACAACCAGUAUGAGUGAAAAGAGCCAGACCCCACCCAGCCAAGGAGCUUCAACAAGUAAACCUCACACAUCUCUGGAAACAACAGAAGGAAACUGUUCUGACAAAGAUGCUGGCCAAAACUUGUGUGCCCGGGAAAAUGAGGCAGUGCUGGCAACCACAGGAGAAGGAUUGCAUGUCAGUUAUGUUAUUGGAGGCCUCCUGAGUGUCCUGUUCAUUCUGAUGCUUAUCGCUGCUUUGAUUAUAUACAGGCACAAUAAAUCCAAGUUUACAGACCCUGGCUUGGGGAACCUGACCUACAGUAAUCCCUCAUACCGGACAUCUACCCAAGAAGUGAAGAUCGAACCUAUUCCUAAGCCAGCAAUGUACAACCAACUGUGCUAUAAGAAAGAGGCUAGUCCUGAUCACAGCUACACCAAGGAGAAGAUCAAGAUCGUGGAAGGUAUAUGCCUCCUGUCCAGUGACGAUUCUGAGUGGGACGACCUCAAGCAGAUACGGAGCUCCCGGGGAGGAAUUCUCCGGGACCAUGUCUGCAUGAAGACAGACACGGUUUCUAUCCAGGCCAGUUCUGGCUCACUGGAUGAUACCGAAACUGAGCAGUUGCUACAGGAGGAGCAGUCUGAGUGCAGCAGUGUCAACACUGCAGCAGCCACUCCUGAGCGGCGCGGCUCACUCCCAGACACAGGCUGGAAACACCAACGCAAGCCCUCCACGGAGAGCGAGGUCUAAAGCACAUUCUACCUUCAGGAUGCUCAUACCCUCUCCAGCCUCUGCUCUGCAUGAAUGAGACAGGACUCUGCCUGCCAUGCAGGAGGAGCCCAGAGGCUAGCCUCCCAGUUUCACGGAGCCUAGAGACUGUAGUUACCAUUUGGCAAGAAGCCUGGGCCAGACUGUGUUCUUGUGGCUGGGGGGGAUGGACCCUGAGACCUUUUUGGCUCAUUCUCACUGUUUGUGGUUUAUUUAUAUGUUCCUUUUUCCUGAAAGCUGCCAUGUUAACUUCUGCAGUGACUCUCUGGGCUAUGUCUGGCUCAGAUUCUGUUCCCUGUGGCAACCUGAGAGUCCUGCACUGUCCAGCUCAUAAUUCAUGCCCCUAAGAGAGCAGAGCUACUCUACUGCUAGCUCCUGAUCAUACUUAAUGUAUAUUAUUGCCCCUUAGUCAGGUGUGAGCAGCACCAGUUGAGUGUUGUGCUAUGCUCGCUCUUCCUUGAUUAAUGGGUUAUGUCAGGUGGAGGGUGGGCUUCAUGGCUGAAGGAUGUAGUGAAAGGUGAUUUAUAUGGAGAUAAAGAGAGCAGUCACAGCUGCCAUGUUGCACACGAUUAGAGUGUCACUAUUGUCUUCUGAAUACAGAAGUCUCAAUCCUGGCCCAAUCAGCAGAAAUGAAAUUAUGGACUUCUGCAGUGGUUUUUAUGUUCAUUUGGAGGUGUGAUGAAUCCUGGGACUGGAGCAUUGGGACUGUUGCUGGCAAUGGACGCUGCUCCUGUUCACCUCACCACAGGCACCUGUCCACUGUGGUUCUACUCUGGAAAAUGGCUCCAUGCACAUAGCACCUUCACAACUGCUGCCCAUGCAUACUGGAGUUGGCUACCACAUAUGUGGACAGAGAUUUAAUUGUUCUUUCACUAGCCCUGUAGAGAUAAGGAAAGUUCAUCUCAGAGCUUGGGAGAAAGAACUAGCUUCUUUUCCUCUUCCUGCAUUAUCAGCAAAAACAGUUGCCAGGUUCCAGAAAGAAGACUAGCCACUUAUACCUCUGGAUGGCCAGUGGGCUGCCUAGGUGCGGCUGAGGUCCUGUUUCAGCCUCUACAACCUUUUCUAACUGGUGAUGUAGGAAAUGGGACAUUCCCAGACUGAUGCACUAGGGGCCUGCAGUGCUGACACACAGGAAAACUAACUCUCUUACUAAAACUGAUCCAAUUUGACCUGGGGUCAUGGAGCUAUAGGCACCAUUGUAAAAUACUGGUUUAUCAAGUUGACCUGCAUUUGUAAGUUAGUAGCAAACAAACCUCUGCAGGGGGAACUGUGUUCUUCCUAUCAGCUGUGGGAGGGCCCAGUUGAAUUCUGGGCUCUGUAAAGCCUUUCCCCUGUGUUAGGCUCCCAUCAACACAGUGCAUGAUUGCUUUCCUGCCAGAUCCUUCAUAGCUGCAGGGGAGCUGGUGUUUGGCCUUACACUCUGUAUGAUAUGCCAGACAUGGUAUGAGUAAUAAGCACCUGUAUGGAAGUAAGGCUUUAUGGAAACCCACAGACAAACCACCUUUGAAUUAGUCUCAGUUUUGGGGAGGGGUCAAGGAAGGCAAGGGAUAGAAAACUAUCAAUGCCAUUAUUUGAGCUUCCAGAAAGCAUCCCUGGUAAUUUGGAGCUUUGACCUGCUCUGGAACCAUUGCCCCUUGACCCACCACUCUGUAACCCUAUAUAGAGAACAAAGAGGGAGAAAAAAACUCACGAAAUGGAGGUUAGUCCCUUCCUUUUCUUCACGUUUAUGGAUGUUGUUACUGAAGGUAGAACAUUAAAUCCCAGGCCAGUUGUUUGGAAGCAAAACCAUCCAAGGAAGGAGAUCCUUGAAAUACCUGUGAAGGAUCCCUACUUGGGACUUCUGUCACAUCCCAUGCAUGACAUGAGGAGGAUGCGGGGGAGCUAUGUAGAAUGGGGAUUUGGAUGGGUUGUAUAUUCCAAGCAGUAUUUUUCCAGCUAGUGAACAAAGUCAGUCCCUGUUCUAGCCCAUGCUCACUUUGCAGAAGCUCUGUCCACUGGAAAAUGUGACCAUUACCAGCUGAUGGGCAAUAGUAGGUAAAUUGAGGGAUGGUUCUGCAGCUAGGAGAAGGUUUCAACUUACACUACCCAAGCCAAGGCUGAGAUUCCAGGUAUAGCUAGUGCACAGUCCUGUGGGAAGUGGGCUUAGAGUUAAGACUUUGGAAUUUCCUUAAGUUAAUGUGUAACUUUUUCCUGCUCCCAGAGGGAGAAAUUAUUUUUAAUUGAAUUUUAAUUUAAAUCUAAUUAUUUGGCUCCAGGCUGGAAAUUGUUGUUCCAGGUGCCACUUGUGCUUUGUGUAGUAUCAGCUGCUGAGGCCCUGCUGGAUAGAGGCCUGGACUCAAUGGGGAGUAAGAGGCAGAGCAGCAGGGAUCAAAGCAGGACACAGCUCACUGACAUAGACUUGGGCUGUCUAGGCUACUUCUGGAAGAUCAAAGAGUUCAGGUGCAGGAGGGGAAGAGUCCAGUUGCGGGGGAGCCUAUGUGCAGGAGCUAGAGAAGGUGGCUGCAGUAGCAGCAGCAGGAGUGGGUAUGAGUGUGUGGAAGAAGACUCAGACAUUCUGGGGCACAUUCCUACUGUUCUGACAGGCUGUGUUACUGUGUUACUCUGCACUGCAUAUUAAAACUCCAGGUACUGAGGGAAGGAUUGGAUAUAUGUACCCAGUCCUCUCACUGAAGACUCAAAGGUAUGUCUACAUGGCACAAUGAAGUGUUGUACAGCAAUACCUGAGAUAGCUCUGAACUAGUAGGACUCAGACUGAAUAGAGCACCAUUCUAAUACAGCUAUGCUGGUUUCAGUACCUGAGAGUACGGAUGCACUUAACAAUUGAAAUAUUUCAGUUGCUGCAUCUUGCUGCAGCCUGUCUAGCACCUCUUGGCUGCCGCUAGAGGAGGCUGCAGUAUUGAAAUGUCCCAGCCAGGUACAUUUGACUUGGAAACAUUUUGGUGCUUAUGACACCCCAUGUUACUUCAUGUAGAGCCAGGUUGGGUAUUUCUACAAUGCACAGCGCUGUGCCUUUAAAAUAUUUCAAAGGGCCCCUAAACAGCAUAUAAGCCCUUUACAAUGUCCUAAAUGUGGCUGAAACCUUCCAGAAUAAUACCUCUUUACGUGAAAUACUAUUUUGGAAUAUUUCCCUUUUCAGUUGUGUGUGCCUGCUGUGAGCGCAUGAGGUCUUGCCUGGGGCUGGAGUCAGAGUUGGGCUUAAACCCUGCACUCCCUGCCAGACCACAGGGGCCAUUACUAGAAUCUAGUCCUCCACCCCCAAUCUCCUGGACCUUUCUACUCAGAGGGGGAGAGGAGAGGGAGGAUUUGGGACCCCUCCCCCUUACCCCUCUCUACUUGUCUUCCCCCUCCUUUUUCUCUCUGUGUGAGGGGAGAGGGAAGAGGAGUGAACUGAGAGCAGAGACAAAGGGUGCUGCAGCCUGUCUAGCUAGCACCUCUUGGUUGCCACUAGAGGAGGCUGCAGUAUUGAAAUGCCCCAGUCAGAGCAGUGCAAGGGUAUACAUAUGCCCACUGGCUGAAACAUUUCCUUUUUGAAGUGUUAUCAGAUAUAUUUCACUUGGAAAUGUUUCAGUGGCUAUGACUGUCUACACCAUGUUACUUCAUGUAGAGCCAGGUUGGGUAUUUCUACACUGUGCAGCAUUGUGCUGCAUAGACAUGCCAUCAGUGAACCUGUGUAAAGAAAAACUGCUUGAGUUACCAGUACAGAAUGAAAGGGGAAGGCCCAGGGACAUAGAUAAGAUUUUUGUAGAGGCAGGCCCCCUGCAUGUAGGAGCUGUUGUGUGGAGGCAGCUGCUAUACCACAGAGAAGCAUGUCCUGUAGGGGAGGUAUUAAACAGUUUUUGAACAAAGGGGAACCCAGAGCAGUUGCCCUUCCUGGUAUCUAUACCCCAGGAAAACUCUUUCCAGCAGCUAGCAGUGCUUAAACUCCACCUGACAUAUCUAUUUGUCCUCUGUGGAAGGCACCUUGCACAUUCCAGCCCCAAGACCAUUCAAGUAUGUUCUCCCUUCCCUUCCAACUCCUGUAGAGAUUGUGGGACUGCUACACUGGGGAGAUGGGGCAUGAAAUGUACUGCAGCCUCUGUUCCACUAGUGAGAUGAGCAAAAGUGUUAUUCCCUGAUGUGGGCAAACAGCCCUUGUGAGAUGCUGCUGGGGGUACAUCACACUUCCCCGUGCUGGGGAGGAGAAGGCCCUCAUUGCACUUUUGUUGUAUGGAAUGUAGAAAGGCCACAGCUGGGGGAUGAUCUCUUCAGCACUGAUUUACUGUGUAAAAAGCAAACCUCUCUCCUGUCUGUCCUGAGCUAAUGGCAGUGAUUCCCCUGCAUUCCUGUGUAAUGGUUUUAACGUUACUCACUGGAGACAUUGGACUUUCUGGAGUUAUUUAACCACUAUGUUCAGUAUUUUAGGGGUUGAUGAUAAUUUAAUAUAAAUUUAGCUUUUCUUAAUCACUCUGCCUGGUGUUGGGUUGUGAGUCAUGUAUGCUACCCACAUUCUUUGAAGGAACAGCCUUGGUCCUUGCUUGCAUGCUUAAUAAGCAUUUUGGAUGGGUGGAAUCUGCUGACCAUCAAACUGACUAUAACAUGACUUACUUCCACCAGUUGAAGCUUGAACUGGGGCCCAGUGUCAAAAAAGAUCCGAGUACAGCUUUAAAUGCAGCAAACUCACUGCCUUCUCCCUUCACUACUAGGUUAGCAUGGCAGUAAAAGCAAGAGUAGCCUAAUUCUGCAGGACAUGGUGACAAAAUUGGUGUAAACCCUGCCUUUUCCUAAUGGAAAGGGGUAGUCCUGAGGAGAUCAGAGUGGGGAUGAAGAGGAGCAGAAGCUAUAUUCCUUUCCUGAGUUCUUUGUCCAUUGUUUUUCUGGCACUUUUAAAUAGCUCUAAAUAACUACUAUGAAUCUUUUAAAUUGGGCAAAAUAAGAUGGGUAAUGGAUGAAAUGUCUAAUCAUGGCACUGCAAAUACAAGGCAGGAUUGCUGCUACCAGUGACUCUUUCUAGAUUCUUCCUUAUGAAGGUCUAAAAUCUCUUUACAGAGGUUAAUGAACUUUGCAUCAGACCUGCUGUGGAAGUGGAGGAUGUUACCACUAUCCCUGCAGGAAGUAAUUGCUCUCUGCUUAUGAAGUAAGCCAUGCAGAGAAUAGAAGCAAGAUGUUCUGACAGCUGGUUCCUCACUAUAAACAUUGACUUUUGAAUAUACUGGGGGGAGAAAGGCAGUGCUGAAUAAUUGAAACAUACUGCCGUUUCUUUUCAUGAUGAUAGUUAACAACCUGUCUUAAAAUCUAACCCCAUUUUCCCAUAAUUGUAAUUUUCCAAGAGCAUCUAUGUUUGUGACUGAAGUCCUUCACUUUAGACUCUGCCCUGAGAUUACUUUUCCCUUAAUCCCUUCAGCUGUUGAAAGUGAGCAGGGUGAAAAGGACACCUGUGUUGUGCCUGCAUGACAGAUUUUCUACACCAAAUUAGUUCCAGCCUACACCAGUAAGGCUUUUUAGGUGUGUACAUAUGUUCUGUUGUUUUACUGGGGAGGUUCCAGAGCUGCAUAUGUACAUAUCACACCUAAUGCAUAUUCAACUACAUCAGGAGGAAGAGCUGAGUUCUCUUUUCUUGUGUGUACAUUUCUGUGUUGCUAGUACCAAACAAAUGGAAUUUAACUGUAAACUAACCAAAUAUUAUAUUGUCUUUGAACAAUAAGAAACCAUAAUAUGAAAAGCUCACAUAAUGCUAGCUCAUCCUCCUGCGUAGCAUGCCGUUUUAUAGUAUUUAGCAGUCCUAAUUACUAAAUGAUACACUACCACAAUACACCUGUUGAUGUCUGUAGCAGAACCUAAAUUCACCACUAUUUAGCUUUAGUGAAAGCAUCGUUGCCAGAGUGAAAUUUGGCCAUGUACAUUUACUGGAGAAAUUAAGUUUAAGCAGGAUACACAUAAUGGUUAAAAUCCUACUCUAAAUACAUUCUAGAUUUUUGUGUUUAAUACAGUUUUUUUAAAUGAGUAGUUUUCUAGACUUCUAUUCUAGACAAGAUUCAUACUAUGCUUUCAAUCAGGGAUUCUCAAACAAGCUGUUAGGGUACCCUGGGGUGGCACUGGAUGUAAGGAGAUAAGUGUGGGCUCAGUCUAUU